UCUAUUGCAUAUAGCGAACUAAUGACUUAUAUGGUGACCUACUGCUACGGUAUGACGUCUACUGGAUUAUGAUAUCCCAUUGGUUCAGAGUUAAUCCAUGAAACAGGAACAGAAGAAAAAUCCCUUUCACAAGGCAAAUAUAUACAGACAUAAUGCUCUACUACAUCAAUGUUAUGAAGUGGCUCAGAGAGUGGAAAGCUGUGAUUUUGGUGGUGAGAAAAAUAUCUCGACGUAGACAGGAUAUUGAAUCCAAGAUUUUGGGAUUGGAAUGCAAGUACAGCUCCACAAUAGAUAGCUGUACUGUAAGUAAGUCCGAGUAACUGAGAACAAUGCAGUACCGCACAAAUGCAGUUGAAUAUGAUAAUAGUAUUAUUGAUUUUAAACGAUGGUAUUAGGACUACAAAGGGACCACUCAAGCAUGUGGUUUGACUAUUUCGAGCGUGAAAGAAACAAAUAGUAUUUCUAGAACCGAAAAGGCACAGAGAACCGGAAAUGAAUAGCGAGAGUGAUGAGAACGAAAGAUUGAGAAGUGAAUUAAGUAAGGUUAAAAAAGAGUUAGAGACGUGUAAAAGGCAACUGAGAGGAGUCCAGGAAGAAUUGGAGCAGUUGAGAAUUGAAUGCGGAAAAAUUGUCUGCCCAGACUGUCAGAAUCCGUAUGACGAGCACAGACGUAUACCUAAACGACUUCCCUGCAACAUACAUACAUGUUGCUUGGACUGUGCAGAUAAGGGCGCCGAUAGAUCCAUAGUGCGAUGUGCGUUAUGCAUGAAAGACUAUUACUUAUUGAUUGAAAAUCUUGAAACUAACACUGCUCUUAUGGACUUGCGAUAUAAACCUGUACACGACCCGAUCGAACAAACAAGUUCUGUUCAGACGCUUGGACACGAUUCAUUUGUGGCAUUUCAAGUCUCAUCGGAAGAUGAACACGUUCUCACAGAUGAAGCGAACCACCCAGCUUGCAUCAAUCACCAACCACAAUCUGCCGAUAAGAUUUGCAUCAAGUGUCUACAAGCUCUGUGUAGUGUUUGCGCAAAGGUUCAUUCCACAUGUGGGCCUAGCAUUCAAGACGUUCAACAAGGAAUGGAAGCCUGUAAGGAACGACGGUUAGAUUAUUCAAUGAAAAUUGGUGCAGCAAUUAAGGCUGUUAGAUCAAUACAAAAUAGUUUUCAGAGAGCUGUGAAAGAGCUGCCAUCCCAAGAUGAAAGGGUGUCUAAGAAUAUGAAAGAUUUUUACGCCACUUGUCGAGAAUUGUUAAAUCAAAGAGAAAAACAGAUGGAAGAGGGUCAUAAAAACGCCAUACUUAGCACAAAAAUGAGACUUUUGAAAGGUAUUGAAUCUACAGACCAACUUAUUCAAGAUAUGGUGUCAGAGAAAAGAGAAAUUAACAAUUUACCAAUUGACAGGUUCCCAAAUCGUAUUCUCAACUUUCUAAAAAAUUCUAAAAUCCCGGAGUUAAUUGCAGAGGCGAAAGAUUUGCAUUCAUGCACAGUCACUUCGGUGAUUCCAAUGUGGCGUAGACGUGGUAGUAUGGUUAUGGAAGAUGAGAGAUACGAGUGUGGUAACCGUAGCAUGCGAAAGAUAAUGCAGUCUGCCAAAGAGGCCCGGGAUCAUUGCUCAAAGUUUUUCAUUCCAAAGGUCGCCCUCUACAAACAAGAUUUUAAGCAGACGAUAAUGUACCUAGGACAACAUUGCUCAAGUAAUGUCAACCCCAGCCGUUCCACUGCACACAGUCAGUAUGCAAAUCUCCUAAACAACCAUUGCGUGGUGAUGGUUCAGACGUAUGAUUUCAUUGGUAACAAAAAAGUAACGGGUGGUGACCUGGUUGAAGGUUGGUUAAAGAGACCAACUGGUGAGACACGGUACGUGCAUGUGACAGACAAUUUUGACGGUACCUAUGUUAUAAAGUUUGUACCAAGUAUGUGUGGCUUAUAUUGUUUAUUUGUCGAGAUAUUUAGUGAAGGUAUAAAAAAUAUGCCAUUACAGAUUAAGAUCGUAGAUAAAGGUCUAACAAAUGAUGGUACAUUCUUCACAGAAGACUUUCCAGCAUUCCAUCACGUUGUUAGCAUAGCAGCAGAUACAGAUGACGAUUGUGUUUACAUACUAGAACACAAUUCUAAAGAACUCUGGGAAAUCCACCACAUGCAUCUAAAUGGAACCCCAAUUGGACAUUUUGAGUUGAAUCAAAUGAAUGUUGGUGAUCUGGAAGAAGAUGAGCUCAUUAUAUUAAAACGGCAAUUCUGUAAACAAGGACUAAGACACUACGAAGAGUAUAUCAUUGUCCUUUGUUCGAAACAAAAGAAAAUACAUACAUUGUCGAUGGACGGUAAAGUAAUACAGAGUCUCCCCAUCGAGCAGACUCAUUCUCCACACGCUUUGGACGCAGAUAGUUUCAGACUAUACGUAGGGGACUACCGACAACAGAGUAUAUUCGUAUUUGAGGGUAACGGUGAACCGGAGCAGAUCAAACUGGAAGCAGAGUACCUCCCGCCUAAUGGUGAUGUCAUGAAAUUCAAAUUCGAUACCCCGUUCCUUAUGGCAGUAAGUCAAGAGGACGAUGGUGAUUUAUUUGUCGUUGAUCACGGUACUAACACUAUCCAUCAAAUGGACAAACGAGGAAUGAACAUGCGCUUUAUAUCGUUGCACGUGCAAGAUUUACGAAUGGCGCCGGGAAUCGAUGUCAAAGAUCUUGGUAUUCACACGGUGCACAAUUUUAAGCUUCUUCGUGAUGGCGUCAUUGUCUUUGCUACCAGUAGUGGAAUAUGUACUAUGCGUAUAUUUAACGCGAUGGUGGAAAGUCUUCAUAAAUUUGAAAAUGAAAAAAACGUGUGCAUGGGAGUAACUUCUAACGACUAUGUUGUUGUAAGUACUCCACAGAAUGGUGUUCUGUACAUACAUAAGCUUGCAUUCGUCGAAUUCCCUUACGCAUGCCCAUAACAAUACAACGCACUAGUCUUCCUCGACACAGGCCACAACCAAUGUUUUGACUGACACACGUUUCGGCACUUCUAGUUUUUCAUCAAUAAAAUAAUUGUUUAGAACAAGUUAUGUUUUAUAUUGGAAUCGAGAUUACCUAUCUUUUUAUGUCACAUUCACAUUCCACCUUUUGGUUGAAAGUUCCCAAACUGUUUUUUAAAAAUCGAUAAUAAUCUAGUUUCAUUGAUGCGUUGAUUUGAUUGUUAUAUCAUUUUAACCAAUAAAGUAGUUCGUUCAGAACAAGUUAAGUUUUAGAUUUGAGUUGAGGUUAUCUAUUUUUAUGUUUUAGAUUCGUAUUCGAAUCUGUUUUCACAAUUUUAUAGUUUGAAAUUGGUUUUAAUUUUAUAAUCAUUCGCAAUUUUUAUAUACUUAAAUU